UUUUAUUAUUAUCGCAGAGUUUAAAGCCGGAAUGUAUUAAUCUGCCCACUGAUGUUUGAUAACAAUAUGGCGGACGUUCCGAAUGACGCUCCUCAGCAUUGUCCAGGAACGAGCAGCGAGCAAGCUGGCAAGUCUUCAGCGUGUCAAGGAUGUCCGAACCAGGCCAUGUGUUCCACUGGUGCUCCCAAAGCUCCAGAUCCUGCCGUCGAGGAGAUCAAGCUGAAGAUGUCCACUGUGAAGCACAAGAUUGUGGUUCUGUCUGGGAAAGGAGGCGUAGGGAAAAGCACCUUCAGUGCACACUUGGCUCACGCUCUGGCUAGUGAUGAAUCCACUGAGGUGGCUCUGCUGGACGUGGACAUCUGUGGACCAUCAAUACCCAGAAUGAUGGGGCUGGAAGGAGAGCAGGUUCAUCAGAGCGGCUCUGGCUGGUCUCCUGUGUAUGUAGAAGAUAACCUGGCCGUCAUGUCCAUCGGCUUCCUGCUCAGCAGUCCUGAUGACGCCGUGAUCUGGAGAGGACCGAAGAAAAACGGCAUGAUAAAGCAGUUCCUGAGAGAUGUAGAUUGGGGUGAGCUGGACUACCUGAUCGUGGACACGCCGCCAGGAACCUCUGAUGAGCACCUGUCUGUAGUGCAGUACCUGAGUGGUGCAGGCAUCGAUGGGGCUGUUAUUAUAACUACACCACAGGAAGUGUCUCUGCAGGACGUACGUAAAGAGAUCAGAUUCUGUCAGAAGGUCAAGCUGCCGAUCAUCGGCGUGGUGGAGAACAUGAGCGGCUUCGUGUGCCCUAAAUGCAAGAACACGUCUCAGAUUUUCCCUCCGUCCACCGGAGGAGCUCGGCGGAUGUGUGAGGACCUGAGUCUGCCUCUGCUGGGACGAGUUCCACUGGACCCACGUAUAGGUCGAAGCUGUGACGAGGGAAAGUCUUUCCUAAACGAAGUGCCAGAUUCUCCGGCGGCUGCAGUCUACCAGGCGAUAGUGCAGAGUAUAAAAGAUUACUGCGCUUCCGGUUCCUCCUCAGAUGGAAACACAGAUAUGGAGUGAACAUCAGCGCCAGACAAACCAAACCGUCUGUGGUUUCGAUCACAAUCACUAUCGAUUCCUGAUUCGGAUCCGCACACAAACGUGUCGUCCCCCCCCCCCAUGUUUCUUCUGCAAACACCUGAAAUCCAAAGCGCAGGAUGUUUGUUGAAAAAGACUUGACUUGACUCGAAAAAGUCUUUCGUUUUUACCGAAUGAACGUCCACAGGAAUCUGAGUCAUUUCGGGUCAUGAAUGGCUCGCAGUGUUCCCUGAAAAUUUACUGUAAGUGUUUUUUUCCAAGGAGAAUUACGGCUCGGCCACUUGUUUUAUUUACUUUUUUUUUAUCGCUCUUUCUGAUUCUUCCAGAUUUCUUACUGGAUACUGACAUCUUCCUCAAUCCCGAUCCUUUAUCAUAUUCAAAGAAAUACAAAGAAAUAAAUCUCCGUCCGAGUUUAUGGGGUUAAAUGAACAGUUCCUUUAAUUCCUCGCUAAACAAGAAGCUAUGGUAAUGGUUUAAAUCUUCCUCUUUAUAAACACCAGCGAAGCAUUUAAAAGAGGAACAUUUUAAACCAUUACCACGGCGGAGGUGCAGAAUUUCUGAGCUGAAUAUAUAUAUAAAAUGUAUUUUCUCAUCGAAUGAUGUAAAGUGUACAAAUCAGCAUCGGGACACGAGUUACAUGACGAGUGACGAGUCUGUAAUACAGCGUGUGGUCUUUAAUAAACCCAGGUCUGAUCCGCAUCAACGUCCCAGUUCACAUCUGAUCCAUUUCUCUGUUUUCCAAACGUCAUCUCCAUAAAAAGCCGCCAUCACGAACCGCUAAAAAACGCCGCCACGGCUAACCUCGUGCUAGCAAAACGAUCGAAUAUUAAAUCAUAACGUCGUAAAAUUCACAUCAAUCGUUUUCGUUCUGGAAAUAAACACUUCAUUAAGGUGAAAGUCUAGAAAUUAGAUCCGUCAUCUCCAUAUAACGAAAACAAAAUGGAUGUCUAGGCAGUAAAUAUGUUGAUUUUUUUACUUAUAUAUACUUUUGAUUGUCCACCAUUUUUCUACACGUCGUCGUCCCUGUCGUUCCUGCACGACCUUUAAAACAUAGCAGCGACUCCGAACGUGGAAGUUUUUUAAAAACACGCUGAAAAGGUCCGAAGUAUUUAACCAAUAAAACACUGCGAAGAAGAAACAACACGUCUGUUAUGUAAACACACCGGAGCUUUUUUGUCCUGGGGAUUUACCCAAGGAACCGUUUUUCUUUUGUACUUUUUACUUUUUUUUUUUUUUUUAUAAAUCAGGAUCCUUGUAAAAUUGUACACGUUGUUGUUGUUAUUAUUAUUAGACCGAAAGAAAAUGUGGUGAUUAAAUCAUGUGUUUUGUUUUUUUAUACGAUUUAUGUUAGAAAGUAUCUAAUAAAUUCUAUUAAACCAUU